AUGCAACGUCUCAGUGAAACUCUAUUUCGAAGUCUCUUAGACCAGAUGGAUACGUUUCUUUUCGAUUGCGAUGAGAAAUCAUUUUAUACUGUUAAGAACAAGCGCAUCAUUUUGGUGACCAACAACAGCAGCCAUACCCAGAAGUCGUAUUUUGAAAAAUGUCGCAAAAUGGGCUUCAGUAUCCAGUCUGAGGAAAACGUUGUGACAACCUCAACGGUGUGCUGUGACUAUUUGAGAAAUUUUUUACAAUAUUCUGGAAAAGUUUACGUUAUUGGCAGUCCGGGUUUGGGCGAAGAACUGGUACGCUUUGGAUACAGCCAUCUAGGCAUCGGGGUAUGGUUAGUGCAUGCCAUUCAUGUGAAAAUAUCGAUUACGAAAGGUGAUUUCGUUAAAGCUGUUAUCGUCGGAAUCGAUGUGCACUUGUCUUAUGCUAAAGUGCUAAAGGCCACUACAUACUUGGCAAAUCCAGAGUGCCACUUCUUAGCUACGAACGACGAUGCUCGUUUCCCAGGCCUUCAUCCGUCGAUCGUUUUUCCCGGCGCUGGCGCUAUGGUUGCCGCAGUGAAAACGUCGGCUAAGCGUGAGCCCAUUGUCAUGGGCAAACCAAACAAGCCAAUUUUCGACUAUGUGAAGUCUCGGUUCAACAUUGACAUAAACAAAACGAUUAUGAUAGGAGAUUCUGUGCUCAAAUCUCCGUCGCGAGACCAGUCGGCCAGGUGUGGAGGAGAAGCCUCUGAAGAGGAGGUACCUGUGCCUGAACUUAUCCAGGAAAAUUCUGAGCUGCAGACAGACAUCGCAUUUGCAAAGUCAACCGGCUUGAAGUCACUGUUGGUCCUUAGCGGCAAUACGAAACUCGAUGAUGUAGGCACGAAUGACAUUGUACCCGAUUAUUUCACCGAUUCGGUUGCCGAUUUUUGCCAUUUCGCUUAG